GUGACUGGGUCACCAGGAGGAAUGGAAACGGUACAGACUGCAACUCCAGCUUGGCGUCUCACCUAAGACGGCGUCUGUGUGACUCCCCUCAGAACAGCUCAGCAGGCCCCCCCGGGUGCAGACUCUGUGCCCCGAACUGGCUGCUGCAUGGGGACAAGUGCUACUGGCUUUCCAAAGAGAGCAAAAAGUGGAACGAGAGUCGUGAGGACUGCUCGGCGAAGAGCUCUCAAAUGCUCAUGAGCCAGGACCAGCGUGAGAUGGCAUUCAUAAAAACCAUCACGGAGGGGAAAUACUCCAUUUGGAUUGGACUGCACCUGACAACCUCCAAGGGAAACUGGACGUGGGUGGAUGGUUCCCUGUUGAAUCAAACAGGGGUUUCACUAUUGGCCCCCGACACUGGAAACAGCUGUGGGGUGUGGAAGGAGAAUCAGAUUCGCGGUGAAAUCUGCAGUGGUUCCUUUAAAUGGAUUUGCCAGAGAGAAGCUGUCCCGAUAUAAAUGGCAUUAGCGGAUCCCCUGUUUCAUUAAGGGACACACAAGACUAAGGUUCGGGCUUUGGGUAAAGCUCUCAAAGGUGGAGGGCCGUCGCUGAGCCUGGGAAAACGCCACCCUGCGCUCUGUCAGUGCUGGGACGCUUUAGAAAUACACAAGAGAAACAGCGCUCCGCAGGGGCACGUGCACGCACAGAAUGAACUUG